UCGAAAAAUGGAAGGGAAUAGGGAAUGCAGAGCUCUGAUAAUAUUCUGAUAUUAACUGUGUUGCAUGUGAUGAAUCAAGCAGGUAAAAAAAUAAAUGAAGUGGCAGAACAACUCCUAUCAGAAGUGAAUACGGUGUACAGCAAAACAGGGAAAUUAAGCGAUGAACUGCUGUCAGCGUUGAAUUUUGUAUUCCAAGCUCCACUCCUUCCAGCUUUGGAUAUAAUAGACCACAGAAAUGUGACCACCAUCUCAUGUCCAAGUGGACGAAAAGUUUAUCAGGUACUGGGGACAUCAGGUACCCCUUAUAUCUGCCUACUGUCCAGUACCUACUGCUCCUGCCCAGCCUACAGAUACUCAGUUUUACUUAAAGAUGAUCAUAUAAUGUGUAAACAUGUGCUUGCAAUAAAACUUGCAGAGGCCAUGAACUUAAGCAAAUCUCAACAAGUGUCUGACCAGGAGAUGACCAAUCUUAUCAAGAACUUGGAAUAAAAAUUUACUUCUGAUGAGAAGGACUUGCACAUUACAUGGAUAUAUUCUCAUCUGUGAAGCAACAAUAUUGUUGUUGUUAAAAGUUGCAUUUUUUGCCAUUUAAAUUCUGUUAUUUGAAACUUUAUUUUUUCCAUUAAAGGAAUUAGAAAUAUU